AUGUCAACAAAAACAGUUGAAGAGCAUCCAGAAACCAAACCUCAGUGGUGGAAGGAGGCAACAUUUUAUCAGAUAUACCCAGCCUCAUUUAAAGAUUCGAAUAAUGAUGGUUGGGGUGAUAUUAAUGGAAUUAGAUCAAAACUAGAUUACCUGAAAGACCUUGGAAUUACGGCUAUUUGGAUUUCACCAUUCUAUGAUUCACCGCAGAAAGAUAUGGGAUAUGACAUUGCAAAUUAUGAGAAAGUUUGGCCAAAAUACGGGAAGAAUGAGGAUAUCUUUAAUCUAAUUAAGGAGGCCCACAACAAAGGUAUGAAGAUUUUAGUUGACUUGGUGGUGAAUCAUUGCUCUGAUCAGCAUGCAUGGUUUAAGGAAAGUAGAUCCAGCAAAACAAAUUCAAAGCGUAAUUGGUUUUACUGGAGAAAGCCAAAGGGAUACACUGCCAAUGGAACUCCAAUUCCUCCUAAUAAUUGGAGAUCUUAUUUUGGAGGCUCCGCCUGGAAAUAUGAUUCAAAAACAAAAGAGUUUUACCUACAUUUGUUUGCCGAAGGUCAACCUGAUCUAAAUUGGGAAAAUAUUAAUUGCAGGGCCGCCAUUUUUGAUAGUGCUGUUGGCUUCUGGUUGAGACAUGGCGUUGAUGGAUUCAGAAUAGAUGUUGCAUUUCUCUACUCAAAAACCAUGACAAUGCCGGAUGCACCUUUAUCUAAUCCAAAGGAUGAUUAUCAACCCUCAGAUCCAUAUACAGCAAAUGGUGCAAGAAUACAUGAAUUCCAUAAACUGAUGCAUCAUUAUAUGCUCUCUCAAAUUGAUGAUGGUAGGACAAUUAUGACUGUUGGUGAAAUUGGCUCAGCCGGCAUGGAUGCAAGGUUAAGCUAUACCAGUGAGAAAUCACAAGAACUAUCGGAGAUUUUUACUUUCAAGCAUACCGAUGUCGGUACUUCGCAGAGUUUUAUAUAUGACUUGUUACCAUUUACAUUGAAGGAUUGGAAAUUAGCAGUUGCUGAUUCAUUCCGUUGGAUUAAUGGAACAGAUUCUUGGGCUACAGUAUACUUUGAAAACCACGAUAGAGCAAGAUCGGUGAGUAGAUUUGGCGAUGAUUCAACAAUAACUUCCCGUGUUGCUUCGGCAAAGUUAUUGUGUUCACUUUUGAUAUCCCUCACGGGUACUAUGUAUAUCUACCAGGGUCAGGAAUUGGGCUCAAUUAACUUUAAGGGUUGGCCAGUGGAAGAUUACGAAGAUGUUGAAGUUCGUAACAAUUAUAAAAUUUUAUGCAAGAAAUUUGGAAAGGACUCUUCGGAGGUCUUAAAGUUUAAGAAUGCACUUUCUGUGAUAUCAAGAGAUCAUGCUAGAACUCCAAUUCCAUGGUCAUCAAAGGGACUUACUGGUGGAUUUAGUGACAGCGCAAAACCAUGGUUUAAAAUGAAUGAAGUAUACAAGGAGGGAAUAAACGUCGAGGAUGAGCUGGACGAUCCAAAUUCCGUUCUUAACUUCUGGAAAAGAGCUAUCAGGUUUAGGAAAGAAAACAAGGAUAUUUUAGUAUAUGGCUACAAUUUUGAUUUUUACGACCUUGAUAAUCCUGAUUAUUUUGCCUUUACUAAGCAAUAUGCCAACAAGAGAUUUUUUGGAAUUUUCAGUUUUUCCGGAAAGGAUGUUAAAUUCAAAUUCCCGGACGAUCGAAAGUAUACUAUCUUCUUUGGUACGCAUAAAAAUACGGAUGGAGCUGCUGACAUUUUAAAACCCUGGGAGGGUCGCUUAUAUUUUGUUAGUGCUUCCAAAUGA